AUGGAAAACAAAGAAAAGUCAACCAUGAUGAAAGACAUCCUAGUCCAGCGAUGUGCUUGUCCCAACCACUCAAAGGUAUACACCCAGCCAUCUCCCAUGAUGAAUGCCAUCGAACAGGCCUUUUCGGCCGGCCUCAACACCAUGGACCCGGACCAGGUCAAUGCGAGCCUCGAUAGCCAAAAGCGUUGGCCUAUACACAAAGACAAGGAGCUCUGCAGUUACAUCCUGAGCACCAUCAAGGCUGCUGAGGGCUCGCUCAGCAUCCAAGAGUCCACCAUCCCCAAUGCUGGCUCGGGCAUGUUCACUACUCGGGAUGUUGAAGAGGGCGAGCUCAUCUUUACGUCUGUGCCUCUCGUGACGUGCGCAGAAGUCGGCCCGGGCAUGGAAGCAUGCGAUUUCUGCUUCCAGCAAAGACGAAGAGUCUUUCAUCCUGUGGAGGACCGCUUUCUCCAGCCUGGCGAGGUUCUGCCCCCUCUGCACAUCUGCAAUGGCUGCCGCUUGUACCAGUACUGCUCGCAGUCUUGUUCGCAGCGGGCCUGGGACACGGGCCAUUUAUACGAAUGCGGUUUACUUGCAGGGGCAUCAGCCGACGUCGAGACGAGAACCUUAUACCGUCUCUUGAUUUUGAUGCGAAAGAAAGUCUUGUUGCCACAGCAGGUAAAAGCUCUGGCCAGGCUCGAGAACGAGGUGGCCAAUUUCGAGAAACGCACCAAGAAAUCCUGGCCAAGGGUCCUUAACCUUGCCCGCGAGGCCAAGGAACGGACCAAGAGCGAGCUUAGCAUUGGAGAAGUCUUGAUGCUGUAUGGCAUUGUUCGCUGCAAUUCGUUGCCAGUCGAUCAAACUUUUCGAAAUGCACCGCUUGGCAUUGCCCUCGACAUGGGAGGAGCUCUGCUGAACCACUGCUGCGACCCUAAUGUUGUCAUUGUGUUCAACAGCACGCAGGUGCAGGUUCGGGCUCUUAGGAAAAUCAAAGAUGGCGAAGAACUCUUGCACUGCUACCGAGACAUUGCAUAUGAUUUCACCUUUCGCAAUCCGCGAAUUACUGCGAGAUAUCAGUUCAACUGCCAGUGCGACAGAUGUAAAAUGGAGUCCGAUAACCAUUUUAAACAGGCGAAAAGCAACGAAAACGUGAUUCCGCUCAUUCUGAGCACACAGGCGUCCUUGUUCGACAUCAUAGAUGAGUCCAAGAAACAAGCGUUUGCAACGCCCAGUACCUUUGACAUCAAGCUGCAGAUGGGAAAAGUGAACAAGCUCCUCAAGACUGGCUAUGCGGGGGGUGCCUGGCCUAACGACCUUGAGCCGCUGCCGACGGUGCUCAAGGCCCUGGCAGCACUAUGUGAGAGACAAGGCGACCUUGUGAACAGUAUCAAGAUCCGGGUCAGGGCCUUGGCCUUUACCAAGUGGCGAAAGGGGCUCCCCUGGUCCGAGGAUCUCAUCGACUUUGUGCUUUGUCUGUCGACAUUUACCAUGUUCCCCAAUCACCCGUCGCUGCGGGACCCCUCCUUGCCAAAGCGCAAAGAUUUCCAAGACAUCUUCAUUGGCCACCUCCACGCGCUGCAUGGGAUGCUGGUCAACUUUUACGGACCCCAAGGAAGGACGACUGGCAUCGUCCACGACUUUUUGCUGACGGAGAAGGCCAAUUACAACGGGCCCGUGCCGUCGACGAGGGCGUUUAGGCGCAGGUUCAAGGCGGCUCAGGAGAAUAUCCUCAAGUGGGCGGGAGUCGACGAGGGGCUUUGGACUGUGGAAUAG